UUUUUAAAUAAAAAAUACACUUAUGGAUAUUGCAGAACUUAUUCAUGGUGAACGUAAAACAAAAGCACCAAAAGCACCAAAACCUCAAAAAAGACAUCCUUGCAAAUGGCCAGGUUGUCCAAAAACUUUUGGAAGGCCCUCUGAUGCAACUAGACACUAUCGAAUCCAUACUAAUGAUAGACCAUUUGAAUGUACAGAACCCUUUUGUGGUAAACGAUUUAUUCAGAGAUCAGCCUUAACAGUACACCAACGAACGCAUUCUGGAGAGAAACCUCAUAUUUGUGAAGAGCCAAGUUGUCAAAGGAGUUUUAGUGAUAGUAGCUCUUUAGCAAGACAUAGGUAAAUCAGAUAAAAACAACAGAGUUGGAUUCAUGUCUAUUGUUAGGCGCAUACACACAGGUAAUCGUCCAUAUAAAUGUCAAGAGUGUACACAAAGAAAGUUACGCCAAAAAAGCACUUUUAGUAAGACAUACACGUACUUGUCAUCAAGAAAAAUAAAUUUUAA